GUCACGUGGCAGUAAUUAGUUCGUGUAGAGGUGUAGAGCGUGUAGAGAGUGGAAGAAAAGUGGGCGAAUAAUUAAAGUGCAAACGAAAAUUUUGUUUUCCUGUUUCCAGUGUUGUUAAUAUUACAGGCGGAAACGUUACAAUAUGCAGAAUCCAGAUGAGGAUACUGAGUGGAAUGAUAUCCUUCGGAGCAAAGGAAUUCUUCCUCAGAAAGAAACAGAAGUUACGGAGGCAGAUAUUGUCAACAUGUUGGAAGCAACAAUAGAAGAGAAGCAGUCCAAAAGUGCCCAACAGCUGGAAAGACUGUCCCUUGAUGAACUUGAUGAGCUGGAGGAUGAAGAGGAUGAGAAAGUGAUCCUUGAAUAUCGCAAAAAACGCAUCACCCAGAUGAAAGCUGAAGCAGCAAAGGCUCGCUUUGGUGAGGUGAGGGAGAUCAGUGCAGAAGACUAUGUGGAACAUGUGAACAAUGCAGGCGAAGGUGUGUGGGUUGUGCUGCAUCUCUUCAAGCAAGGGAUCCCAUUGUGUUCACUGCUCAACCAACACUUGUCGCAGUUGUCUGUGAAGUUCCCAACCACUAAGUUCCUGAAGAGCGUCUCGACAACUUGCAUCCCAAACUUUCCUGACAGUAACUUGCCAGCCAUAUUUAUAUACUUCGAAGGUGACCUCAAGAAGCAGCUUGUAGGGCCCCAUGAGUUCCGAGGCAUGAAUCUGACUGUGGAUGAACUGGAGUGGAUUCUUGGGCAAUCUGGAGCUGUCCCCACACAACUGGAUGAAGACCCUCGACCCAAAGUGAGAGACGUGCUCUUCUCCAAGCUUAAGCAUAAUGAUGAUGACUUGAGUGAUGAUGAUGAUUGGCAACUGAAGUAGAAUUGUGGAGCUGGUUCAUGUCUGUGGCAUGUGUGUUUUGAUAGCAAUGCAGGAAGAACAGUCCACCUUUACCCUCUGUUAUUGUUAGUGCCAGUUUUGUGCACGGAAUUUGUUGACCCUCUUUAAAGGACCAAAAUUACAGUAAUCUAACCGCACAAGGGUGCAUUUUUCCAAGGAGAUUUGCAAAACUUAUUUUGUGGAUUAUGGGAAUGAUGUUUUAAACAGAUCAAUGCAGUAAAACUUACUGCUUUGUGUUAUAGCCCAGCUUGCCAAAUGCUGCAGCAUGGUACACAUGUUGCUGUUUUAUCAUGAGGCUAACUCCAUUGGUGCUGAACAAAAUCUUUACAGUGCAUUUCAAUGACAAAGAACUUGUAUAAAAUAGUUAAAGCUAUCCUUCUAACAGGCUGUGAAGGCUCAUAGGGUUGUGAGAGGUCAGGGCUCCCACAUCUUAUAGAAAAUCGGCUCACA